AUGGUGUUGUACAAACGAAAACAAGUACCAUUUGUACCUCCUCCACCUACUCCUACUGACCCAAACACUCAAGUAUGGUUUAUCCCAAACACCAAGGAAUGGUUUCUCACUUAUGAGGAGUUUCUUGAACGUAUGGAUUUCUACAACAAAAGGAAAUUUGUUUGUGAAAUUACUGGUAACUCGUGUCUCACGUAUUUUGAAGCAUUACAAAGUGAAGCCAAUGAACGUAAGGAAGUUGAUCGCAAUUUCCCUGAAAAUCUACGUGAACAUAUUCUACGAUACUUGCAAUUUAAUCAGAUAUCUCGUUUGGAUCAAUUGAUUGACAAAGUUUAUCUGACUUUUAAAAAUGACUAUUUCCCUGGUGAAGUGAUUUUUUUAAAAGGUUUGGAUCCUAAUAAUCAAACUCUUAAAUCACGUGGAGUCAUUCGAGAAAAAGUUCAGUAUGCUGAAGAACCUACCAAAUAUCUUGUUAUACGAUCACAUGACAAGCAUCAAGCUAUAGUCACGGGUGACAAUAUUGUUCGUGAUAGAAAUCAUUUCACCAAAUGGUUAAUCAAGACGUUUAUCAAGUUAACAAUGUCAAGAUCACACAAGGUUGGUGCUCCAUGGGUGGUUAAAGCAGCUUAUGCAAAGCAAUACGGUAUUCCAACAACAUACCCGGAACAUUUACGUCAGUAUAUUAGCUCAACUCCAACUGGUGAACCUACUUAUAUUCAACCAAAGAGGAGGAAAACGGAAAUAGAUACAAGACAAGAGAUCAAAAUUAAACCAAAAAUAUUCACACCAUCAACUCCCAAUGAUGCUGAACCAACAAGAUCAGCCUCUCCAAGUGGUAUUCUUGAACGGAAAAAACUGAAACUAAAAGAAGAGGUUAAACGAAGCUCUCCUUCAGUGGAUACAUUGCCAUUUAGAAAGAAAUUCCCUGUUCAUCAUGUACCUGUUGUUGUUUUGAAUGAGUUGGAAAAUGCAGAAGCAACUGGAAAUGAACAUACAAAAGCCAUGUUUCAACAACCUACAAAAAAGACAAUUGUUGAUGAUUUAACAAUCAAGUUUGAUAUUCAAAAUGUAAAACCAAAACCAAAAGUGUUAACAGUGGAGAUGCAUCAUGAGGAUAAUGAAAUGAUGGACGAUAAUGCAGAAGAGUCUCCCACCAAGGAAGCACAUACGAUUCCAUUAAAAGCUGUUCAAGAAGCACUUCAAGUGUGGGUAUUUAUGAAUGUGUAUCACAAUGUAUUAAACAUUGACACUUUUACAUUUGACGAUUUCAUCACUUCAUUGAAUUACAAUCUAAACACGCCAAAAUUGAGAUCAACCAUGGUGGAUGAGAUAUAUUGUGCGUUGUUGUGCAAAAUAGUAUCCAAUGAGGUGCCAAGUGCAAAAAAUGCCAAAGAAGCAGACUCUAAUGAUACAAUAUACGGAUUGAACAUUACGAUACCGCAAGAACUCGAAGAAGACAUUGUGGAGGAUGAUGAAGACGAUGAAGAGGAGAAAGAGGAGGAGAAGGAGGGGGAGAAAGGGGAGAAUGAGAUUGAGGUCAAAGUCAAGAAAGAAAAGGAUGUUUCAGAAGAUGAGGCGAACGGAGAUAGAGGCUCCGAUAGUGAAACCGAGCACAAGCCACUUAAAGUUGAGGAUGAGCAAAGCGAUGUUGAAAAUGAAGGCAACGGAUCAAUAAAGAAGGAGAACCGUGAAUCAGAGGAACCCGGAGCUAAUGAAGAGCAAGAGGAAGAAAUUAAUCAUUCUGCCUACGAGUAUCUCAAUUAUAGAGGUACUGCGUGGCAUGACAGAUUGAGAAAACGCAACUUUAAAGAUGGGAACUGGCAAAUCAUUCUAGUCGGUGUAUUAUCACUAGUUGAGCAUGUACCUAAGUAUCAUCAUGUCGUGCAAAUGAUUUUCGAAUCCUUGGCACCCGCAGGUGGACCGGUUUCUGCUUCUGCCUUGAGGACAAACUUUUAUGAACAUCUUGAUAUUAACUUGAAGCUUUAUGCUUUGUGUAUAUUGACUGAUUUACUCGUGACUAGUCCGUUAGUGAGAAACUAUAUUGAAGAGAGUUUGGAACAGCAGACAAGUUUAAGACGCACAAGAUUGGAAAAUAUUAAAGAACACAAGACCAACAUGGAAGUUGCCAUUAAAGCACAACAAUACAUUGUUGAUGCUUUACCACCAAGUGUUGACUCGUCUCAAGAACUCAAAGAUGAGCAAAGAGCCGAGACACCGGCGUCAACUACUACAGCCAAUGGUCAACUAGGUAAGCAAUUGCCACUUGGCUUGGAUUUACAAAAAUGUAUUGAGAUGUCAGAAAGAGAACGCGAGUAUGCAUCUGCUCAUUCUGAAUUUGCUGAACAAUGUGAACUCCGAAAAGCAGCCUUGUUAAAACUCAACGAAAUCAAAGAGAAUAAAAAAAUUCUAGAGCAAAAGUUGAAUGAGUUUGAUUGUCAAAGAAUUAAGCUUUUGGGUAAAGAUCGAUUGUUUAAUCGUUAUUGGUGGUUUGAAAACAAUGGAAUGCCUACUUUGCAUAAAGGGUCUGCAAAUGAGGAUGACGAAGACGAUGAAGACGAAGGUGAAAAGAAGGCAGUUGAUGAAGAUGAUGAGCAGGAUGAGGAAAAUGGCGACAUUCAUGAUGAGACAUAUCUCAUGGGUAGAUUAUGGGUGCAAGGACCAUGUAACACUGAUAUCGUUAGCAAUUUUAAAAGGGAAGUUGGAGAAUUUAGACAGCUUGUUGAAUCAAUGAGUAAAGACAGUGCCAUUGUGAACGAAAGUGAGACUAUCGACGACUCAAUCAAAAUAGACCCCAACGAUGAGCCCGCGAAUGAUCAAACCAAAGCAGAAGCUGAUACAUCCGAAGAAGGAACCAAGAAAAAGAAUCAAAUCAAGCAAAUGAAUUUCAUACACUUGUCACCUGCAUUGAAACAAUCAGUUGAACAACUUUACCAAUUAAAGUUCACCGAUAACGAAAUUCAUUCCACUAAUGGCAAACUUCUUGUUGAUCAAGAAGGGUCAUUACAAGUACCACUUGACGAGAUUAGUCAUAUUCAGCGCAAAUUUAUUGAAGAGUACCAUGCCCCAAUCUUGAACAGUUCAUCAUGGAGAUAUUAUGAUGAACCAGAAGAUAUCAAUAAACUAAUGUCGUGGUUAAAUCCAUGGGGUAGGCGAGAAUCAGCGUUGCGUAAAGAACUUUUAUUAGUGAAAGAUGCAAUCACUUCAAGUAUGGAAGCUAGACAAAAGGCACUUUACCUCAAUGGUAACCCAACACCUGAGGAACAAACAUUACUGGAUGAUAUCAAAAAAUUGCAAAAUAAAUUAGUGGCCAUUCAACAAGGACGUGAAUUUGAACGUGAAAAAGAGAAUUUGGAAUCCGGUGAUAAUGAUUCCAUGGAUUUGGAUACUGAUGACUCACUCUCCAUUGGAUCAAAAAGAAGGUCAAGGUCACGAAGAGCAGCUAGUCCCCAAGUCCGCAAAAAACCAAGAUUGAACACAGUUGAAGAUGUGGUUCAACACGGUGAUGUACAAGAUAUCAAAAACAAGAUUAAUGAAUUGAAUCAAGAGGUUGUUGAAAGUAGACGAGAGGUUAAAGUUAGUCGAGUUUGUGAAUGGGUUAAUUCAAAGGCUUUAGAUCUGUUUGGUAAAUCCAUAUUCGAAGGUGGUGAUAGAGCAAAGAAAUCAAAACGUAAGUAG